UUUCUGCGUCGAUACACCCUUUCAGGGUACUGUGCCUGUAUUUGACACGUACCCCAGUCUGAUAACCAAUGGAUCGGACCUGAAGUGUUGCAGUCGGUUUAAAGCUGACAGAUCUUUUAAAACAUUAGUGAACACUGGGUUCAUAACCUGAAAGCAUGGAGGCAGGAGCGCGUGACCCGGCAGCAGGUUCUCCAUACCUACAACCAUCCAAUAAGAAGAGAAAGAUCAGUAAAGACAUCAAACAGUCCACCCCCACCCCAUCCGAUCGAACCAGCACCAUGAAGCGUCUCUUUGGUUUUGAGAAGGAAGAUCUGUCCUCAUGGCAUCGACUGGUGUGUCUCCUGAAUCGCCCCACUGACCCGGCCUCACUCGGCAUUUUCCGUUUCUUGUUUGGUAUGUUAAUGGUGCUGGAUGUCACCCAGGAAAGAGGCCUCAGUCACCUGGACUACAAAUAUUUGGAUGGGGCACCCGUGUGCCGCUUCCCUCUUUUCAACUUCCUAAAGCCCCUUCCCAUGGACUGGAUGUUCUUUGUUUAUUUCGUCAUGUUCCUCGGCGCUGUUUGUAUCAUGCUUGGUGUUUUUUAUCGCUUUGCGUGUCUGAUGUUUAUAUCCUCUUACUGGUACGUGUUCUUCCUGGACAAAACGGCCUGGAACAACCACUCCUAUCUAUAUGGGCUUAUUAGCUUCCAGCUCACUCUCAUGGAUGCUAACAGAUACUGGUCAUUAGAUGGACUCCGAAAUCCCAGGAAGAGGAAUGCUCACGUACCCCUGUGGAACUACACUGUACUCAGAACUCAGAUUUUUAUAGUGUACUUCAUCGCCGGGGUCAAGAAACUGGAUGCUGAUUGGGUGGAGGGGUACUCGAUGAAAUACUUGGCACACCAUUGGUUAUUUGACCCAUUCAAAUUGAUUUUACCUGUGGAAUCGAUUAGUCUGAUGGUUAUCCAUGGUGGAGGUCUGAUCUUAGACCUCACAGCUGGGUAUCUGCUUUUCUUUGAUGCCACACGCCCCGUCGCCUUUUUCUUUGUGAGCUAUUUCCACUGCAUGAACUCCCAGCUCUUUAGCAUAGGAAUGUUUUCCUACACCAUGUUGUCUACGAGUGCUCUCUUCUGCUACGCUGAUUGGCCCAGGCGCUUUUUUGGCCGUUUUCCAGAAUUCCUGCGGCCUAUCCUGCCUUUCAUCUCUCCUCCGCCAUGCCCCAGUUCCUCUUGCGUGUACCCUAAUCCACCCAGUGGGUCCAGAGAGCAAAAUGAGGGUCACGCUGUCUCCAAACCAUCCAAACCUGGCUUCAAACACAAACUCGGGGCGAUCUUCACUAUCAUUUACAUCGCGGAGCAGUUCUUCCUUCCUUACUCACAUUUCAUCACACAGGGCUAUAAUAACUGGACCAAUGGACUGUAUGGUUACUCGUGGGACAUGAUGGUUCACUCUCGAUCACAUCAGCAUGUCAAGAUCACCUACAGAGACGGCGUCACAGGAGAGGUCGGAUACCUAAACCCUGGAGUUUUUACUCAGAGCCGGAGAUGGAAAGACCAUGGAGAUAUGUUGAAGCAGUACGCCACCUGCCUUAACCAAAAUCUGCCACGUUUUAAUAUCUCGGACCCGGAGAUCUACUUUGACAUUUGGGUGUCUAUUAAUGAUCGCUUUCAACAAAGGAUAUUUGACCCACGUAUUGACAUUGUGAGAGCUGAUUGGUCGCCGUUUCGCCCCAAUCCGUGGCUCAUGCCGCUGCUUGUGGACCUCUCUCCGUGGAGGACAAAAUUUGAGGAGAUCGAGGGAUCUUUAGACAAUCAGACCGAAGUGGUCUUCAUCGCUGACUUCCCAGGCCUUCAUCUUGAAAAUUAUGUCAGUGAAGAUCUGGGGAACACCAGCGUUCAGGUUCUGCAGGGUUUGGUGAAUGUUGAGAUGGUGGACGAGAAGAAGAACUAUAGUUUACAACCAGGAGAAAAGAUGCAGCUUCCAGCUGGUGCGUAUCACAAGGUCUACACUGUAUCUGAUAAGCCUUCAUGUUACAUGUACAUCUACGUCAAUACUACUGAGGCGGCGCUGCAGGAAAACUUUACGAAGCUUUUGGAAAUUCAGGAGAAAGUGCGAAAUGGAACAGAGACCGAACCUUUACCUCUAGAGUUGCAGCCGCUCAUCACUGGCCUCGAUGACAACGACUCAAAUGACAGCGUGAUCGACCCCGUAGUGCGAAUCUUCCUGAAACGCCAGAAACGCAUGCAGGCCGUGAAGAAAAGGCGAGAAGCUUCUUUGGUCGAGAGGUUCGAGAGAUUUGCCUCGAAGAAAUACUACUCGAUCAGACGAGGGUUCCUCAUGACAGCCAUUGCGUUGCGUAACCUGGCAGUGGGUUUGCCACCACUGGAGCAGCUGCAGAGGGAAGUGGCCUAUGCCAACCUGAAGGAACCAGAGGCAGAGACCAAUCAGAAUGAGCGUCUUAAAGAUGAGGUUGGGCACGGAGAACUGUAAGAAUGAGCCAAGGGGUGCCAGCCAAUUUAUAUUACAGCAAAUGAACAAAUGCUUUAGUAGGUCAGUAUUUCAGAGCAGUGUCUGUGAAAAGGUCAUUUAUUGUUUACAGGUUGAUCAAAGUUUUUUUUUUUAUCAUUUCACAUAGUAUCAUUUACUUAAACGGAUGAAAAAUUACAAUUCUG